AAUGUGUGUGAAAAAUUUAAGUCAGAGAGCCUCUAUGCAGCAAAUAGGCAUGCACAGGAGCAACAUAGUGGAUUCAAGUAUAGUUGUAAGGAAUGUAAUGCAACUCUUUCGAGAAAGGACCAAGAGCAUGGGAACUGCAAAAGAGGAUUCGGCUACAGCAUUGUUAAUUUACGCACGGAUUCUACAGGAAGCCAAGCAAAAGAGGAGUUAGAAAAAUGGAGUAAGAACAUCCUUUCAUUACAAAUUACUAAAAUUUCCGUCCGAAGACCAAUGCCAUCCAGAUCGCGAACAAGGUCAAGGUCACCGUUAGUGAGUUCGGUUAGUAAGGAAUAUGACGAAAUAUCUAUAGAAGCAGACGAUCAAUUCGACAAAGAAGAAGAUGAGUUGAGUGUCAUCAAACAAAUGGAACAAAUGCAGAAAAACAUGGUGCAGUUAGAUGUUGGUGGAUAUAAAUUCAAAACAACGAAGGAGACGAUAACAUCUAUCCCAUCAAAGUUGGCAAAGUUGAUGCAAAUCAAAUCUUCUAAUGGAAUUAUUCCGUCUUAUUUCUUGGACAAAGAUCCGAAGCAUUUAGGAAUAAUUUUAAAUUAUCUGAGAAACAAUGGACGAAUAGAUGCCAGAAUUUUACCCGAUGAGAGCAGUGGUCUAGCAGGUAUCAUGGAGGAGUGUAAAUUUUAUGGACUUGUGGAAUUAGAAAGCGUGGUGAAAAAGAGACUUGAUAUGUGCAGAUGUCGACACGUGAUGGAGUAAACCAGUAAAGAGAAGACUUUUUGUCAAUGCUUAAAGUUUGUGUGUGUUUGUACAUUUUAUGAUUUUAAAUUGGUGUAAAGCAAUUCACUACAGUCAAAGUUAAAUAGUUUAGGGACUAAACUUUUUAAAGAGGGGGGUUAUGUUACAAAUUUACAUUUCACCUUGAUAGGUAAGUUUUGUAACUCUCUUUAUCCUGAUAAUUGUUUAAUGAUCUAAUUUUACAGUAGUG